CUGCAGACGCUACAUUACGACCCUUACAUUUGGAGCACCUACUCGACCCUACCCACCCCCCCCGACCCCUGCGGCGGUUCUUUUUUUGCGAUGUCCCCCAGUUCCCAAGAUCCGACUCAGCAAGAACCCUGGACCGGCGGCGGUGGUGGUGCUGUUGGUGGUGCUGGUGCUGUUGGUACUGCUGGAGCUGGUGUUGCUGUUGGGGCCGUUGGUGUCGUGGGCGGGGAAGCGUCAGCAACGCCCUCAGUGGCUUCGUCGAGCGGAGGAGGAGGAGGAAGUGUCGGCAGCGGAGGAGGAGGAAGUUUCAACGGCGGCGGUCGCAAAGCAUCAGCAGCGGCGGUGGUAGCAGCUCAGGACCCACACAACAAUGGUGCCCGAGCUGCUCUGACGAACGAGAUCCGGAGUGAAUUCUUCAGACUUUAUGGUGAGUGCACACGAUCCUUCUCACCGAUCCCGCCCAUUCUCUCGAUGCUCUCUCAAGUCUUCUUUCGCUGUUUCCUGUCUCCGUCCCCCCCUCAUCUCCUUGCCGUCCUGCCUGUCUCCGUCCCUUCUCUGUGUACCGAGGGCCUCGCUACCUUCUUUGCUCCACGAAAACUCUCGCACACAUCUGCUCCCGUCUCGGUUGCUCCUUCCUGCUGUUUUUUCUACCGUGCGGCAAAGAAAGAAAGAAAGAAACCAAAAAAAAAAAUUCCAUCCUUAUUAUCUUUUUAUUAUUGUCUUUGCCGCCGUGCGAGUUCGCUACGGCUGCUCGCUCGCUCCUGCUUGCUUGCUCGCUGGCCUCUGGCUGCCUGAAGAAAAAUAUCCCGAAACUCCCAGGCGAAGCUGACUCGCUCACCGCUCGCCGACCGCCGCCGACCGCCGCUGGCCGCUGAGUGGUGCUUUGUGGCCUUCAUCCCUUCGUUACACACAAAUAUAUCGCAGCACAAUAGCCUCGUGAAUAUAUGUCUUUAAUCGGAUUCCAUCCAUGAUAUCAUCCUUCCUUCUACCCG